AUGAUCUCUGGCCUCUGUGACUUGAUGAAUAACUUGAAACUACAAGCCUCCCUGGUCAAGGACUGGGAUGAGACACUUGGGAUGGAGGCUUCAUCCGUCAUUCCUUACAGCACACCGGCCUUCGGUUCCAAUGCCCCGGUCAUGCAGUUCAAUUCCUUUGAAACAUGGAACUUAUGGCCUGAGUUUAACACAUCAGACAACCCAAUUUCGACACAAAAUCCGUCCGAGUGGAACAUGCAGUCCACGAAUUGUAUAAAGAACACUCUAUUGUUUCCGUGA